AUAACUAUGACUUUUCUAAACUUUAUAAUAACUUGGAUCAUAGCAAUACUAGUUUGAACUAUACAAAUCCACAAAAUAGCAAUUAUAGUAAUCAACAACUUUCAUUACAGUUUAACCAUUAUGACCAAAUUCAACAAUCUGAACAGAAUACAGAUUCAGAAUUUGAAGAUAUAUCGAUGUGUAGUAAAAAUGAAAUUAAUACUGAUAUUGAUUGUAGUUCAGAUAAUAAGAGCCAACCGAUUUCAACUAACAUAGAUGACUUAUCGAAGAUAUUGAUAAAACAAAAUCCAGAAAUCAUAAAUGCUCAUUUGAGCCCUUUAAAAAUUUUAUAA